UGUGUGGACCAGUUGACAAAGAUCCAAACUGAAUUACAAGAGACAGUGAAAGAUUUAGCUAAAGGCAAAAAGAAGUACUUUGAGACUGAACAGAUGGCUCAUGCAGUACGAGAAAAAGCUGACAUCGAGGCAAAGUCUAAACUUAGUCUUUUUCAAUCAAGAAUCAGUUUACAGAAGGCCAGUGUAAAGUUGAAAGCCCGGAGAUCCGAAUGUAAUUCUAAAGCUACCCAUGCAAGGAAUGAUUAUCUUCUUACACUAGCAGCAGCAAAUGCUCAUCAGGAUCGCUACUAUCAAACGGAUUUACUUAACAUUAUGAAGGCUCUUGAUGGAAAUGUGUAUGAUCACCUCAAGGAUUAUUUAAUAGUUUUCAGCCAGACUGAGCUAGAAACAUGCCAAACUGUGCAGAACACAUUCCAGUUUUUAUUAGAAAACUCCAACAAGGUGGUACGGGACUAUAACCUUCAGCUGUUUUUACAAGAGAAUGCUGUAUUUCACAAACCUCAGCCCUUCCAGUUCCAGCCUUGUGACAGUGAUACUAGCCGACAAUUAGAAUCAGAAACUGGGACCACAGAGGAGCACAGUCUAAAUAAGGAGGCUCGGAAAUGGGCCACACGUGUGGCACGUGAGCACAAAAACAUUGUUCACCAACAACAGGUUCUAAAUGAUCUGGAAUGUCACGGAGUUGCUGUAUCAGAACAAAGCCGAGCAGAGCUGGAACAGAAAAUAGAUGAAGCUAGAGAAAAUAUUCGUAAAGCAGAGAUAAUUAAGCUAAAAGCUGAAGCCCGGCUGGACCUGCUAAAGCAGAUUGGUGUGUGUGUGGACACGUGGCUAAAGAGUGCCAUGAACCAAGUAAUGGAAGAACUGGAAAAUGAACGGUGGGCCCGCCCUUCUGCAGUGACCAGCAAUGGCACUCCGCACUCGCUUAAUACAGACACUGAAAGAGAAGGAGGAGAAGAAUUUGAAGAUAAUAUGGAUGCUUUUGAUGACAGCAGUUCCAGCCCAUCUGGCACCUUACGGAAUUAUCCACUCACCUGCAAAGUUGUUUAUUCUUACAAGGCUUCUCAACCAGAUGAGUUGACCAUUGAGGAACAUGAGGUGUUAGAAGUGAUUGAAGAUGGAGAUAUGGAAGACUGGGUAAAGGCUCGAAAUAAAGUUGGCCAAGUGGGUUAUGUACCAGAAAAGUACCUACAAUUUCCCACCUCGAACAGCCUGCUAAGCAUGCUGCAGUCCUUGGCUGCUUUGGACAGUCGGUCACACACGUCGAGCAAUUCCACGGAGGCAGAGCUCGUUCCAGGCAGCCUCAACGGAGAUGCCAGUGUCUGUUUCGUGAAAGCACUUUAUGAUUAUGAGGGCCAGACAGAUGAUGAGUUGUCUUUUCCUGAGGGAGCAAUCAUCCGUAUCUUGAACAAAGAAAACCAAGAUGAUGAUGGCUUCUGGGAAGGGGAAUUCAGUGGCCGGAUUGGAGUUUUCCCAUCGGUGCUGGUAGAAGAACUUUCAGCCUCAGAGAAUGGUGACACUCCAUGGAUGAGAGAGAUUCAGAUCUCUCCUUCUCCCAAGCCGCACGCCUCCCUGCCUCCACUGCCAUUGUACGACCAGCCUCCCAGCAGCCCUUACCCCAGCCCAGAUAAGAGGAGCUCCCAGUUCUUCCCCCGGUCUCCUUCAGCAAAUGAAAACAGCCUCCAUGCUGAAUCACCAGGAUUCUCACAGGUGUCAAGGCAGACUCCUGAGACCUCAUACGGCAAACUGCGACCAGUCCGGGCAGCUCCCCCUCCACCCACGCAGAACCACCGGAGACCAGCAGAGAAGAUGGAGGAUGUGGAGAUCACGCUGGUGUGACGACAGUUUUGCCCUCCGUUACUCCUACAAUCAAGGCCAGGCUUGGAGUUUGGCCAGUCUUGUGUUUUAGGCACCUUUGCAUGAUGAUGACUCUGAACAGAGCAAAAUCAAGAAGGAUUCUAUGUGACUGGGUGGCCUGGUGAACUCCUCCCACUUUUGAAUCUUUUGUGCCUUUUUUUGUUGUCAUUUUCUACAUCAUCUCUCCUACCAUAGCACAAAUCCUAGAGGGUCCUUGAAGCAAAGAGGGGAGCAGCCCUUGUAGCCUAAAAGUGGCCCAUUUUUAUAUGAGACUCAGAAUCCUGCCCCAUUCCAGGGCACAGUCACAGAAUUGCUGGUCAUGUGCAUUCGUACAGUAUAUUACUGUGGCCACAAGGAUGUGGCAAAGAUCUCGUCUUUCUUCAAGUGGCUUUUGCUCAUCUGAUUAAGUGUUAAUCAGAUCAUGUCGGCUACACAAGGAAAUAGAUGGAGGGUUUUGGGAGAGGCUGGCUCCUCCCCAACCCCAGACUGAAAAUGAAUCCUUACCAGAAGAAAGUGGACUGCCCUGAGUUUAGCGCCAUUCGCAUUAACGCACAUCUCCUCUACAACUAACAGAUUUAAAAUGAUAACAGUGCCCUUGUAUUAAUAUUUAUGUCAUUCAUUUAGUGUUAGUGGGGCUAACCUGGAGGGGCUGAAUGAAUAGCCACAUCUUGCCCAUCACAUAGACUAAUAGGAGGCUGUGGCUAAAGCAGAAAUGGAGCUUCCAGUCCUGAAAUGAGCUGGGUUAAUGUUGUUUUUGUCUUUGGGUAUUUUUUCAUCUUAGUUUGUACAGCAUAUACUCACUGACCAGUAUCCUUAGAACCUGAAUGUCUGACAAACUGAGGACACAUGCUUACAUUGCUGAGCUUCUCUACUCAGGAGGCCUAGCAUUAUUUUAUUCCUAAGCCAGUGUGCUAGCUCUGACAGCUGGACUGUGGUUGGUGCAGACCAACUGUCACCCGUGGAAAAUACAGCUUCAGGUCUCACUGCCCUGACAUCUCCUUGGGAGGAAGAACCUUCAUUUCCAUGAAGGAAACCAGCUUCCUAUGAAAAAGGACUGAGGAUUGCACACCUGCACAAGUGAGAUGGAUAAGGAUAAGACGAGCACCUUCUGACACCGCAGGAAAGCCAGGGCAAUCGAUCUUGGUGGCCUAUAGCAGCAGGGCCCAGAAUGAGCUCUGGCUGUCCACUCCGUGGAAGGUAGGGAGUGCAUUACCUAGGAACAAAGGGAUGUUUGCCAGUUCUUUUAUUUUUGUUAGGAGAUCAAAUUUACAGAAUUUAAUCCAAAAGUUGUAUUACACUUUGAAAAUUCCAUUCCUCUAAGAAUCUUUAUAAAUUUGAAAUGCUCACCUAAUGUCCCCAUGGGAUUUUUGACCAAAAGUAAGGUCUAAGCUGAAGAAAUUUUCAGUUAAUUACUUGAUCACUUCAGUGACUAUAUCCCUUGAUGAAUCUUCUCCAAGAUUUUGGAUUUUGUUUUUGUGUUUUGCAUUUCUUAACCUGUUGAUCUAUUUGAGGUCUUUUUAUGUUUAUCAAACUUAUUCUUAAGUUUAAAAACUAAAGGGUGGCUUUUUUAAGAUUUAAAAUUUGCCCAUAUUCCAUAUUUUCAAAGACCUUAUUAAAUAGAGCAGUUCUUGCCACCCAGUCUUGUAUUCUCUCUUUAGCUAGCCAAAUUGUCCUUAAAUUUGGGUUUUCCAUAACCUCAGAGAGUUAUUUGAAAUAUUUUGUUAUAUUUUAACAUAUUUUUUGGAAGAGCUGCUAAUUUUAUUUUAAAAAACAAAGUUGUAAAAAUAUUCAUCCUUUUUAAAAAAUAACCCCUCCCUCCAGGCUAUAUAACCCAGUGUCACCAUGCACAGGGCAGGCUCAGAGAGAGCCUCUGUCCAGAUGUGCUUUCUUUACAGUGGGUGUAAAAAGUUUGUAUUUAUUAUGUAUAAAAUGUUGAAUAAUAAAAAAAUGGAA